CGUAGUGUGUGAUGGCUAAUAUGUUUGUAUUCAGGGAUGACAAGAGAUAAUUUUGAAUAUUCAUCAAUCUUUAAAUAUUAUAUAUAGUCAUUCCAAAAAAAAUAUUAUAUAUUAUAUAUAGUCAUUCCAAAAAAAAUAUUAUAUACUUUUACUCGGUUUUACUUUAGAAAUAUACCCCGGCGAAUUAAGGGGAACUCGGUUAGGUGGUCAUCUUCAUGGAAUCGGCGGCGCCGGCGGCGAAGCCGAAGGGUAGACUGUGCGUUAUCUGCAAGGAAAGACGCGCCGCCCUGAAACGCCCUAAAAACCUUCAGCCAAUAUGCAGAGAGUGCUUCUACGCAGCUUUCGAAGAUGAGAUCCAUAGGGUUAUCGUGGACAACAAUCUCUUCAAACCCGGCGAACGCAUCGCGAUUGGAGCCUCCGGUGGAAAAGAUUCCACGGUGCUCGCUUAUGUCUUGUCUGAGCUGAAUCGAAGGCAUAACUACGGACUUGAUCUAUUCUUAUUGUCUGUGGAUGAAGGCAUUACUGGAUACAGAGAUGAUUCCCUUGAAACUGUCAAAAGAAACGAAAUCCAGUAUGGACUUGCAUUGAAAGUUGUUUCCUACAAGGAUUUGUACGGAUGGACAAUGGAUGAAAUAGUAAAGCUAAUAGGCCUGAAGAACAACUGCACUUUUUGUGGUGUUUUUCGUCGUCAGGCCCUUGACCGAGGUGCUGCUUUGCUGAAAGUAGACAAGCUAGUGACCGGCCAUAAUGCAGAUGAUAUAGCAGAAACCGUUCUUUUGAAUAUUUUGCGUGGUGAUAUUGCCAGGUUGAGUAGAUGUACAUCUAUAAUUACUGGAGAAGAUGGACCAAUUCCAAGGUGCAAGCCUUUCAAAUACACAUACGAGAAGGAAAUUGUUAUAUAUCCUUCAUUCACUGCAUGUCUUUUACGCGUGGAUGCAUAAUUGUUGUUUUUUUAAUUAUGAUAUUGUUAUUGACUGCAUUUCUUUAACCUAAUGAAUACGUACGCAUACUUCAAAAAGUUGGAUUACUUCUCCACUGAAUGUAUUUAUUCUCCAAAUGCAUACCGUGGCUUUGCUCGUGAGUUCAUUAAGGAUUUAGAGAGAAUCAGGCCCAGGGGCAUAUUGGAUAUUAUUAAAUCUGGCGAGGACUUCCGGAUCUCUACUUCCACAAAAAUGCCCGAACUCGGAACUUGUGAACGGUGCGGUUAUAUUUCCAGCCAGAAAUGGUGCAAAGCUUGUGUUUUGCUGGAUGGGCUAAACCGGGGCUUACCCAAACUGGGGAUUGGGCGUCGCCGAGAACUCAAUAAUUCCAAGAACGCGAAUCAAGAAAAUGGGACCAAGAAUUUGCAGAGCAAGCAGUGUGGUAGUUUGGACUUCUGAUGCCCACUUUUACGAAUCCAUUGUUGACUUUCCUUGUGCAUCAUCCAAAGUUUUUUUUAAAUAUAACGGAACUUUCUUUUUAAAAACAGCCUCCCUUCUUUCAAGUAGGGUAAGCUCUGCGUACACUUGCCCUUCCCGGACCCCACUUUUUGUGGGAUUCAACUGAGUAUGUUGUUGUUGUUAACUGAACAUUCUUUAAAGGAGAGAGAGUGAAGGUGAACAAAAACCCAGAACGAAAACGUAUCCUCUGAUUAUG